AUGGGAGGCGGUAAAAAGCAAAAAAGUUCUACUAGUCUUGAGAGUUUAUACCAACAGAAAAAUAAAAUUUUGAAUAACGUUUCGAGAAUUAGGCGAUCUAUUAAGGAAAAAACUAUUUCGUUUAAUCAAAAUGAAUUACAUUGUCGAUUAGAAAUUUUGAAUUCAUAUAUUGAAGAUGCAAUGGACAUUCAAACUGAAAUCGAUAUUUUAGAUCCCUCAAACGAUGAAAGGUCCGAUUUAGAAAAUUUAUGCGUUUCCACAAAAAGUAUGCUUUUGGGUUAUUUAACUCCCAGAGAACAUAGUAUCGCUGAAACUACUCUUGGUUUCUCAAGUCAUCAUAGCCGACUUCCAAGUAUGAAGUUGCCUAAAUUUAGCGGUAAAUAUGCCGAAUAUAAGAAUUUUAUUAGUUUAUUCGAGAGUUUGGUAGAUAGUGAUAUAACUUUAACUGAAAUUGAGAAAUUUAAUCAUUUAAUCUCGUGCCUAUCAGAUGAAGCUCUGGGAACUGUGAAAGCUUAUCAGAUAAGUGAACAAAAUUACUCCAAGGCUCUACAAAGUUUAAAAAGAGUUUAUGACAAUCCAUGUUUAAUAUUCUUUGAUAAUAUUACUAAAUUGUUUGAUUUACCGGAAAUGUCUAAACCUUCUGCAACUUCCUUGAGGAGCAUGAUUGAUACAGUUUCUGCCAUUUAUGGCUCACUUUUAUCAAUCGGAGAUGACAAGGCAAUUACUAAUGCGAUAAUAAUUCACUUAGUAAUGACUAAAGUAGAUCCAAUCACUAGAUCCAAAUGGGAAGAGCAACUUGAUUAUGAAAAGUUGCCCUUAUGGAGUGAUUGUGAGGUAGCUUUGAACAAAAGAUACCAACAUAUUUCAGCUGAAGAAGCUUCAAGUUCGAGAUUAAAACCGAAUACCAAUUUUACGAGAAAAAAUGAAAGUUUUAGUAAAAAGAAGAAAUCCUCCUUUUCAUGUCAAACUGAUAACCAACAAUCAGUAGCUAAAUGCUUAUUUUGUAAAGCAGCGCAUUACUUAUCGAACUGUCCUUCAUUCUCUGCAGUGCCGGUGCAACAGAGAUUUGACUUUGUCAAAGGCGUUCCCGCCUGUAUUAAUUGUUUGAAAAAAGGACAUACGGUGACAAAAUGUAAAUCAACAAAAUGUAGAGUUUGUAGUGGUUCCCAUCAUACAUUAUUACAUAAAUAUGCUGCAAAUGAUGGACAACCUGAGAAUGUUGCAAAUUCUGAUCCUAAUGUAGCUUCAACUUCAAGAGCUUUUGUAAAUCAUUCAUCUUCGGCGAAAGAUAAUGUAAUUUUAGCAACAGCUUUAGUGCAGAUCAAGAAUAAAUCUGGUCAGUAUGUUUUAGCUAGAGCUCUUUUGGAUUCCGGUUCACAAAUAAAUUUUGUAACCGAAGAACUAUCUCAGCGAUUACAAUUGCAAAAACAAGAAAGAAAUCUCAGUCUUAUUGGUAUUGGCAGAACGAAUUCGUCUGCAAAACAUAAACUUCAGGCUACAGUGAAAUCUCGAAUGAAUUCCCAUGAAUUUUCUGCAGAAUUUUGGAUUCUUCGAUCGAUUUCCAACUAUCAACCAGAUCGUAUAAUUUCAACAGCUGGAUGGAAUUUGCCCGAUAAUAUAGAAUUCGCUGAUCCAUAUUUUAAUAAACCGCAAAGAAUUGAUAUGUUGAUCGGCGCUGAGAUUUUCUUUGAAUUACUAUGCGUCGGUCAAAUUAAACUGAAUCCCAAUAUCCCAACACUCCAGAAAACACUUCUAGGAUGGAUAGUUUCGGGAAAAUAUAAAGAAUUAAAACAUUUUAAUAAGAAUGUAUGCCAUUUAAGUUCACUAACUGAAAACGAAGAUUCAUUGGAUUCAAUAGUUCGUAGAUUUUGGGAAUUAGAAGAAAUUCCUAGAGAGGCAAAUGUUCUAUCAAUUGAGCAUCAGGAAUGUGAGAAAAGCUUUUCGAAAUCUGUUCAGCGAUUGCCGUCGGGUAGAUUUAAAGUGGCGCUACCUUUUAAAGCAGAUCCAAAUACACUGGGUCUAUCUUUUGAAACAGCUAGAAGACGAUUCUUAUCGUUAGAACGUCGUCUGUCAAAAGAACCACAAACAAAAGAGAUGUACAAUUCAUUCAUGAAAGAGUACAUUAAUUUGGGUCACAUGUCUAUUGCAGAUAAUAAAGUACCCGAUGUUUCUCAUUAUUUUAUACCUCAUCAAUGUGUAUUACGCCCGCAAAGUUCUACUACAAAACUUCGGGUAGUUUUCGACGCCUCUUGUAAAACAUCUACACAACUUUCUAUUAACGAUCUACUAAUGAUUGGUCCUACCAUUCAAGAGGAGUUGUAUUCAACACUUCUUCGUUUUCGAAUGCAUAAAUACGCUAUUACGGCUGACAUUGAAAAAAUGUACCGUCAGGUUUUAAUUGACGAGGCCGAUAGAAAUUAUCAAUUAAUAUUAUGGCGUGAAAAUCAGUCUCAAAAUAUUGAGAUUUAUAAAUUAAAUACAGUGACUUAUGGCACAUCAUCAGCUCCAUUCUUGGCAAUACGUUGCCUUACUUAUGUGAGCGAAUUAUUCGAAAAAUCAUUGCCAAUUGGCUCUAAAGUCAUAAAGAGAGACUUUUAUGUCGAUGAUCUUUUAACUGGUGCUGACUCAAUAGAAGAUCUAAAUAUAAUAAGGUCCCAAGUCACACAAAUAUUGCAAUCGGCAGGUUUUAAUCUGACUAAAUGGUUUUCAAAUUGUUAUGAUCAAGACUCGAUUACAAUUCAAAAAUCAGUACAGAUAAAUCAGGAUUUCACUAAAACUUUAGGCACUUAUUGGAUUCCGAAGAGUGACGUAUUUAAAUACCACUUGGAUGAUUUGUUUCAAAACUUGAAAGCAACAAAACGAAAUAUCUUGUCAGUUUCGGCAAGACUUUUCGAUCCGCUCGGACUUUUGUGCCCUUUGAUUAUCAAGGCAAAAAUUCUUCUUCAAGAAUUAUGGCUAAUGCAGCUAGAUUGGGAUGAGUCUAUUCCCACGCGCCUUGAUACUUCUUUUACAGAUUUUAAAGCCAAUUUAUUGAAAAUUGACAUAAUAGAAAUUCCUAGAUUUGUUUUGACCUCAUCAAAUACUGAAUGUCAAAUUCAUGGGUUUUCUGAUGCCUCUAUGCGAGCUUAUGGCUGUUGCAUUUAUAUCCGGAGUAGAGCUUCUGGUAAGACUUCUUGCCGAUUACUAACGGCUAAAUCGAAAGUUGCUCCUCUGAAGACCAAGUCUUUACCAAGACUUGAACUAUGCGCAGCGCAUCUACUAAGCAAGUUAUGGUCCAAAAUAAAGCAUACAAUAUUAUUUAAAGUGGAAAACGUUACAUUUUGGACUGAUUCAGAAAUUACGUUGCACUGGAUUCAAACUCAUCCUUCUACUCUGGCAACAUUCGUAUCAAAUCGAGUUUCAGAAAUACAAGAACUAUCGGGCCAGGCCACAUGGCGUCAUGUUCCAACUAAGGAAAAUCCGGCCGAUAUUGUUUCUAGAGGAUGUAAUGUUGAAGAAUUAGUGGACUCUGUUUGGUUUAAUGGCCCAAAGUUUCUACUCGAAGAGACUAAUAUGUGGCCAGUAAAUGAGCAUUUCGAAUUAACUCCCGAACAAAAGUCACUUGAAACAAGGAAAACUAAUGUGUUUUUGGCUGUAGAAGAAAACGAAAUUAAUCCUAUUGCGAAGAUUAUUGAAAGUUACUCAUCAUACAACAAAAUGAUUCGAGUAUUUUCGUAUGUUUUUCGCUUUCUCGAUAUUGCUCGAGGAAAGCAAUUCCGCAAUAUAGGUAUACCUACAGCGAAAGAGAUUAAUUGGACUUUUCUCCAGCUAAUUGAAUUUAUUCAAAAAAGAGAAUACGCCGAAGAGCUGAAAAAGUUAAGCAAAUCACAAGUUUUGCCUUCAAAUUUGCAACGAUUAAAUCCUUUUGUCCACCAAUACAAAGAUGAAUACCGCAGUUUUUCACUACUUAGAGUAGGCGGGCGGUUGCUAAAUGCACCAAUUGCUCACGAUGCAAAAUUUCGCCUUUUAAUGCCUAAAAAAUCAUAUUUUAUGGUCCUAUAUUUACGACACUUGCAUUUGGAACACUGUCAUGCUGGAGCGAAAGCCUUGGUAGCCAUUUUACGUGAUAAAAUUUGGCUGAUAAAUGCCAGAGAAGCAUGUUCAAGAGUAGUUCGCAAGUGUAUUCAUUGUUUUCGCUACAAACCUAAACUAAUGAAUCAAAUAAUGGGAAAUUUGCCCGCCGAUAGGGUUCGUCGGCAGGAGAGGGCUCCCAGAGCGCGUAUACAGCGACAACGCAACGAAUUUUGUCGGUGCCAGUCGAGAGCUGCUCCAGCUCAGAGAAGCAGUGGCCAACAAUGCCGACGCCAUGAAAACGUACGCUGCCAACAAAGGAAUAGACUUUGUCUUCAUUCCUCCUCGAGCUCCACAUUUCGGCGGUCUGUGGGAAGCGGCCGUCAAAUCCGCCAAAACACUUCUAACCAAAACCGUAGGCAAGGUGCUGUUGACGGUAGAGGAAUUACAAACGGUUCUGGUUCAAAUAGAGGCAGUCCUGAACUCCAGACCGAUCGCUCCCAUCAGCAACGAUCCCAACGACGGCGAAGCGUUAACUCCAGCGCAUCUACUAUUCGGAGAGAGCCUUCUAGCGCUGCCGCCAGAAUUGCCUCACGAAGAAGUGGACAGGCUGAGGUACUCCAAGAGAUGGCGGCUUACCUGCACUCUCAAGCAGAUGUUUUGGCAAUCUUGGGAGAAAGAUUACGUCCGCAGCCUCCAAGCCAAAACCAAGUGGGCGGAAGAAGAGCCAGAUCUCGUCGUCGGCAAGCUCGUCGUCGUUCACGAAGACAACAUGGCACCCCUGAAGUGGCUGACAGGCCGAGUAUUGGCGGUAACCCCAGGCGAGGACGGCAAAGUGAGAGUAGCGGAAGUGAAGACUAG